AAAAUUCUGGAUACUGUGAUCCAGAACACACAAAAAUAAGGGUGUCGUUGGAAUUUUCAAUGCUGAAAGAUAAGCAAUGGGCGGCACAGUGGUGUAGUGGUUAGCACUGUCGCCUCACAGCAAGAAGGUCCUGGGUUUGAAUCCGGGUCAGGGCAUUUCUUGUUUUAGGAACAUUAUGAACAGUGAACAUACCAGUUUAAACACAAAUAAAAGUUAAUAAAAGACACGUAACAGUAAAAGUUUUGGUGUGAAUCACAAUAUAAGGGGGGACAUGAGCUGCUUGGCGGAGGUCUGCGCUCUCCGAGUGCUUUUAUAGUUUAUUUAUUUAUUCACAACUUAUCCUCCUCAGUACAAUGAUUUUCAGCGAGCAAAAUAUCUACAAAUGAAACUGUAAGACAUCCGGUGAACCAGACUACAAACCAACUGGCACAUUUAGAGCUAUGUAGAUGAGAAAAACAAAGAACAGCCUUUUGCCAACAUCAGCGAAAAAGCAACUGAGUGAAAAAGUUGGCAAUUUUGGUAAAAGACGUCAUCUUUAGGACACUAAAAUUAUGGAUGCUGAAGAAACAGGCAAACGUCAAUGUUCUUGUCCUUGUCCUGCAGGGCUGAUACACCCUUAUCACGUAAGUAAUAUUGGUCUACAGGGUUUUUUUGUUUGUCUGUUUUUUGCAGCACAAGUCAUUUUAAAACAGUAAAAACAUCCUUGAAUCAAGCAAUGUGUCAAUUGGUUGGAUGCUGGGUAGUAAGCAGCAUAAUGAGGCUUUAGAAGUUAGAGUCCUUACAAGGUGGGAAAAAGACUUGACCACCUGUUAGCUAUAUAUUAUCACUGACUCAAGGCCUUAUUAGUUAGGCCAGUAUUAGGAUGUGAUUAUCAUAGAAUCUGUUUCUUUAUCGAGUACUCAUCCUUUUAAUUGGUAAACAAAUACCUUGUGUUUCUUUGAAAUGCCAGAUAAAUGACAGUAUUCACUUAAGUCCAGGUGAGAGAUUGUCUUAGACUAUGCAACAGCAUUUCAUUUUUGCAGUGGUCAGUUUAUAGCUUUAUUAAAAUAUGGUGUUUUUUGUGGUACUGUUUGAGGAAGUUCGGAAGAAUCAAGGUUUAGUCUGUCUUCUAAAGAUAAAGAAAUACGGAAAAAUGUCAGUGCUUUUCUUUGGCGUUUAGGAAUUUCCUUCACUGUUACUUGUAAACUGUGGCCUCUGUGUAAAUCUGUCUUAUAAAGCACACUGUAAUUGUGAUUUUGAAAAGUGCUCUGUAAAUUAUUAUUAUUAUUAUUAUAAUACCAGAAAUUUGCCCUCAUUAAAAAGACUAUCAAGCAUUAUAAUAGAAUAGCCUUUAUUGUGACAAAGAGCAUGAAUUUGGUCUCCUGAAUUUCCCUUCAGGAAUUAGUAAAGUUUUUCUUCUUCUUCUUCUUCUUCUUCUUCUUCUUCUUCUUCUUCUUGCUGAGAAGAUUUAUCACCAAAGGCUCCUAUAAGGAACGUGUGGCUUGUGUUGAUUUUGUCGAAUUUCUGUUCCUGUGUAUCUAUGGCAUAUUUUGAACAACAAACGUUUCACUCAUAAAGAACCUCUUCUGUAGCAAAUGUAGAAAAGUCUGUUUCUGCUGUAUAAUGUAAAUGGACUCAAAUGACACCAGCAAAUUGAGGUUUUAAAAAUAAUGAGAUAGAAAUAGUCAGUCUUAGUGAUCAUAGUACUGUAUACUGUGAUAGCUCACAAAGAGGCUGUAGUAUGAAUUUCAGUCUGUUUUCUGCAUAUAUAUAUAUAUAUAUAUAUAUAUAUAUAUAUCUCCCAACAGGACCUAUUACUACAAAUUGAAGUUAAUGAAACAUAAUCAUUGACCUAUUUCUGCCAACGAUGUAAGUAUAAGUUAAAUUUUCCAAUUUUCGGUGUAAUCUAACUAAAAAGAUUAAAAAUUGUGACAAAAGGUGGUUUAAAACACAAACAGUAAAGUGUAUGAUUAUGAGAGGUACAGUGGCCUAAAAGUGCAAAACAAAUGGAAAUAAGACACUGAAGAAAAUGCCUAAUUCUCAAAUAACUAAAAAGUAUUGCCACUAGAGACAUGUUUUUGUGUGAAACCAACUAAUUCUUUACAAUAAUUAGCCUAUUAUUGUUUUUAUAUCUAGCUAAGGGGUUGUUUUAGUGUACUCUGGCAGUGGUUGCGUGAAAAGUUGAACUAUUCUGAUAUGCAAAUUUGCAAAGUAAACAAACUUUGACAAAAGUCCUGACAUUUAAAGAAGAGGAGGGUACAGACCAAAAAGGGAUGUGAUGUUUUUGUUUUUUUUUUAAAAGCUACGAUAAGUAAUUUUCACAUCAUGGUCAAACUUUGAAGCAUGAAACUCUUUUGAAUGUAGGGUUACUAUUAGAUUUGAUUUAAGUAUUGUGUGUGCAUUCAUAUCACACCAAGCACCAAACAUGACUGAAACACUAUUGUUCAGAAAAAGUGCCAGGGAGCAAAAGAAGCAAAAUUAGGUAAAAACAUUAAGAAGUUGAAGCUCCUGUGAGAUUUUUUUUUAUAUUUAUGAAAAAAAGACUCAAACUUGUAUGUAAACAAGACCAUCAAUGACCAGACUGAAUAUUUUGAUAGCAUCAUUUCAAAUGCCUGAAACUUAUGUGAGAGGGUAGGUGUUAGCCAAGCCCGUUUGACAUCUGCCACAUAAAAUGUUCAAAACAAAUAGUAAGUUGGCCUGUCAAAAGUCAGCAGGACGAGAUUUAUGUCAAAAGAUGCUAUUUGAACCUGUAAAAGACAAGAUGAGCUAAGGCUGCUUGUCCACACGGUGCACCAAAAUUGUCCCAAAUCCAAAGUUCCUUAUCCAUCCCAGUGAACAAAAGAAGCUGACCCAAAAGAAAGAAAGAAAAAAUGUCUCCACUCUGGGAUCCUCAAAACGGCACUGAAAUAUCAGGGUUCCAUAAAAAAAGAGUAUUUUUACAUCUUCUCCACAUCCUUUGAAGAUAAAAUAAAAGUAAAUGUGACAAAUUCAUGCUAAAAGAUCUCUCCUGCAAAUCAGAACAAAACCGUUUGAAAACUGGAAGAAAAAAUGCCAACCCCAAGUCAUCUCAUUCAGAGCAUUCGGCAAACAUUCCUCCAUGCUGUGCUUUGCUCUACAACUAGCCUGAAAAACUCCAAAGAGCUCAUAUUUAAUAUCUCAUUUGCCAGUUGUGCAGAUGUGAAGCUUAUUGUUCACUCAAAGGUGUUACUUCUGAAUGCUAGUGAGUCUGUUUUGAAAAUGUAAGUAAUAGAAAUACAAAUAUUGACACUUCAGUCAAAGUGGCAGACUGAGAAGUUUGCGGGGAAGUUAGAGAAAUACCUAAAAAUCUACCCCAGUGUUUUUACUGAAAUAGUUCUCUGUUAUAAUUCAUUGAUGUGCACUCUCACUGCAGAUGAUCACGCUGUUGAACACACUCACGAGACAGGCCAGGGAAAGUUAAGUGUAAAUGCCCUGAACAGCCUUGUGAUGACAAGAGGACAUUCCCCCCUCAUCUGAUUGAUGGUUCUGUCGACAAAAUACCCCACAGCGCAAACUGUCCUUUAAAAAUCUGCAAAUCCACACAACUCAGUGAAUUUUUCUGCUAAUCGGUCGAGUGAAAUCAGAGUUCUGUUGGGUUUUUUUUACAUUUGAAAUUGGUCAGAGUAACAAAGGCUGGAGCAACACGACCUUUUUAAUAUGCAUUAGAAAGGAAAUGGAUCAUCAAACUGGGUAAAGUUGGUGUACAAAUUUAAUUUCAUUCCACUAAAUACAGGCCAUGCACUUUAGCAGACAUUCUCAAGGAAAACCCCUGACUAGGUAGACAUGGAUGACAGCGAACAAGUGUAACAAUCAGAGGCUCAGUGCCAGCUCAUUCCAUGACUUACUUAAAUACAACAAUGAAGAGUUUCCCACACUUCAGCGCAGCUGAUCUGCAAACAACAAAGGUUUGCUAUUAAUAGCUGCUACCAUUAUUCUUAGAAUAGACUUGGCAGGAUCACUGAACGGGCAACAAAGAUCUCCUGGAAAUUCUUCUGGCAGCAAAACUGUGAGAGACAAAAGAGUUAUAUCAACAAAUUAUUUUUGUGGUUCUCAGCCUUAGGGAUUUAAAAACCCUGGGCCGUAUUCCUAAAGAUUCUUGUGCAAAGAGUCUCCUAGUGGCCAAAUACUAAGAAAAUUCUUAGAAUCAUGAUGUUUUCUUAGAAUAACCCCUAAAAGUGAGGAGUAAAGCAGAACCAUCAAUCAGAUGAGGGGGAAGGUCUUCUUGCCAACAUAAGGCUGUUCCCCUAAAAGUGAGGAAUAAAGAUAAAAGCUAUUCCUAAAGAAUCCUGGCUCUUAAGAGCAGGGAAGAGGACUUUUAGGCAGCUUAGGAGUUCCCUGAGCAGGGGACAAAGUGGCAUAUGGAAGAGGCAAGAGAGACACUCUCCAAACACUGGAUGAUUGUGAAUUGUUGAAAUGCUACAGACUGGAACAUGCACGAAUCAUGUUUGUGGUUUAUCUCCUUAGAGAUGCACUUACUUCUCCAACCCUUUUGAAAUGAUGACUCAUACCUAGCAACAGGGUCAACCAAACCUCCUCACAGAGUUUCUGUCAUAGACUGUAUAUACUAUGGACAUCUUGGUUACGCCUUCUGCCAUUAUACGGAUUUGAAGCGUUUUUUUCUCUACUUCCUGAAACCAAUAUUGUGCAGUAGCGUUGUACGCACUCCACCACUUGCGCAGUGGCAUGGUACGCAUUCAGCGGCGGAGUCGCCGAAAGUCGCUGUGAUGACGCUCGGCUCAAACAGGGUAUCUCCCAGGUGAGCUACGCAAUCUUUGUACGCCCAUAGGCUGUAUCAGGUGUCAAUCAUAGAAAACUUGAACCCCCUAAUAACUUUUAAAAAUGGAGCUGAACAGAAAAAAGAGGACAGUCUGACAGUAACUACAUGUCAACAUCGCAAGCAGGGGGGAGAAAAAUGUAUAGUCUGUGUAAUAUAUUUCUAGUUUGUCCACAGCUCCACAAGGAUGGCUGGCAGAGGUGGGAUUUAUGACCUUUACUGCUACUAUAAAAGUGUAAGAGUAAAAGACAUGUAUUUGUAGAGGCAUGUACUUUAAUGAUAAUAGUAACAACAACAACAGUAAAUUAAAUGCAGGACUUAACAAAGUGGAGUAACAAACUAAUGAUAACAAAAUAAAAAUAAUAAAACAAAGACAAGAGAAAAGGCAUAAGGGUCAGCUUGGGGGUUUGAGGCUAUGAUGAGUUGGUUGUGUUUGAGUAGUUUUUUAAAUAUGGUCAGAGAUGGGGCAUUUUAGGAGUCUGAGGGGACGUUGUUCUAGAUGGUGAAGGCUGUGGAGCUCAAAGUCCUGUCUCCACGUAUGCAGGGUCUGGUGUUUGGGAAAGACCGUAGGCCAGUGUCGGGUGUGCAGGGGUAGAGGCGGUCAGAAAGGCAGUGGCAUGGAGGGGUUGGUAGAUGUGGAGUCGUACUUUGCAACUGAUACAGGAUUUUAUUGGCAGCCAGUGGUGGUGGAAGAGGGUUGGGGUGAUGUGCUGCCACAACCCUGGCAGCAGAGAUUCACACAUGCUGAGGCCUGUCUGGGGAUCGAUGGCCCUGCCUCUUUACUCACUGAUUUGUAAGAUUAUGGUGGUUACUGUUGAGGUUAAAAUAUCGUGCUGUAAAUAAUCACUUUUAACAUUCCUUUAUGAUUGUUGUAGUGAAUUCGUAUUUUAUUGCUAUAUAGGAGGGUGUAUGUAAAGUAAGUUUGAACACACUGUUACAACCCCAUUUAAAUGCUCUAUGUCUUAGAAGAUUUAGGUCCAACUUUUAGGUUUUUUCUUGUGUUUUAAUUGUCUUUUUUAUUAAUGUGUAUUACUUGGGUCAGUCGAUUUUCUCUUGCAUUGCUCCAGUGAGCUCAAAUUGCAGUUUUCAAGCUGUCAAAUUUGAUCCCGUUGUGAUAGUGGUGCCAAGAUCACGGCAUUCAGAGUGUACAAGGGUGAUCGUCAUCAGAGGCUGCUCCAGACGCAUGGGAAACGCACUGAUGACGGAAACGUGACGCAUCGAGUAUCUUUAUAGUUUUCUCCAUACACAGCACAGACGUUUAUGGAUGCAGCAGGCUUCAGACAGGCGCAGCUAUUAACUAAUAAAUAUAAAUGCACCGUUUGCACCUGUCCUCCUCAGAGCGUCUGGUCAGAGAUAAAACAUCCGUCUUCUAAUGGAAACAGAACCGUGCGUAAAAGGACAACAAUUACGCACUGACAAGACUUUUCCCCCUGCAACCCUCUGUGCGCGCUUUCCCUCUGUUUGGACUACACGUCAGCGUUGAGUAUUGAGAAAAAAAAGGUCUGCAAGACCCAGACUAAUCCAAACUCUGUGAGUAUGGAGCUCACAGAAAGGCGUUACCCCAUUUCUCCAAAGUUGAAGGGUAAACGAAACAUUUUUCAUAUCAGUAUGCAAGUAUGAGUGCGUGGCCUCCACCCGAUUUGAAGUCCUACUCCCAUAGUUUUUUUUUACUACUUAAAGUGAUAUUAGUGGCCUUUGAAAUGUGACUAUUACGUUUUUAGCCGAAAUCGCGUUACCUUUGUCAUUUUCAAAGGCUUUUCUUCUGCAGAGCUCCAAUAGCUCAUUGGCCUCCAUGCUGUCGCCUCCGGAGACAGCGCUGCUCUGCACACACCCAUUCACGCUAUAGCUUGUAGCCCAACAUUGUCAGUGUAGUAAAAGAAGCAGGUAACAUGUGAGCUAUUCCGCUCUUGGAUACACGUCUUGGGGGGCAUGAUGAAAGCUUAUAUCAUUAUUAGUUUGCCAGAGGUUCACAGUGAUUUGAAUGCAGAAAUACUCAGAAAUGCAAAUUUGCCCUUAGUUUUCUCAUGAUACAUCCUCUAGCAUCAGAAAACUGCCUUAUGAACAUAAAAGAAAACGUGAUUUUAAUCGGAGUGGGUCCUUAAAGAAACGGAAACCUACUUGGUUAACCUACUUUUCAGAUGCUGUUCUUUGCAAUGGCUGUCAUUCUCUACCCUCAAGAGGAUAAAGGAGAACAUUCAUUACCUUUACAAAUUUACAGGUGUGCGUUUGUACCAUCAUAUUGUUAUUUGGGCAUAUUAAGGUUUGUAUCUUUGGGAUAUCUUUCCCACCUUUCAAUUUCUUUCGGGGCAUUAAGUUGCAAUCUCGAGGGUCUUCAUGUGAUACUGGACAUGAUCUACACCGGUGUUACAUUGUGGGAUUUAUACUUGGACUUACACCGCUCAGCUGCCCUAGAGGUAGAUAAAAAAGGUCACUAAAUCGCGCUGCACUUUUGAUUGAGGGAGGACACACUUGUGUGAUAACUCUGAGUACUCUAGCACCAAAGCGUGGGCAUGAGCUAUGGGACAGUCCCGAGUCACUUAUCCAUCCAUGCGCUAAGAACAAGGUUUCCGGUCAUUUCACUGUUCCUCGUGAGAGACGCUCCAAAUUGAGGCGUAGUCCUGUAAGCCACCAACACAUGAGUUUCGUCUACCAAGAUAAAAAUGAAACAAUUACACAAUCAAAACAUGUCAAAGUUAAACGUACUUCUAGGAUCAAAAUAAACCCCUGUCAGUCUUGAAAGUUGCAUGUUAUUGUAUCAUGAUUAGAUAGGCUAUCAACAAAAGUGAAUCACACUAUUGAAGGUCAGAUUGAGUUUAUUCAAAUGUCUCCAACAAAAUAAGUGACACCAUAGAAGAUGGGGAUUAUUUCCCCUACUGUGGAUAAUUUAAGUAAGUAUGCAAAAUAUGUAGGGGAGACCGGGGCUUGUUGUCACACUUUUUACACUCUUAUACAUUUCUUAGAAUCAAUACAUCAUAUGUAAAUAAAAUGCUUACCACACAAAAAAACAAAGUCUUAGGUAUAUAUUUCAUAUUCAUAUCAUUUUCAUAUCUUGUGUCAGUGCAGAGUUAUACAGGUCCUUACAUGCCGGGGCUAAUGCGAAUAUACAACGCGAAAUAUUCGGAGGCGAAAGUUGACGCGUCUGACUAUACACAUCAAGCCCGAUGCAAUUUUGCAACUUUCUGGGAGGGGGAAAGACGCAUCUCGGGGAAGACUUCUCCUGGGGAAAGUCCCGCCUCCUUCGCCUCUGAUUAGCUAGAAAAGCUGGAAAUGUCAUCACACGCUCAAGCCAAACGGUCAGCACUUAUAGCCAAUCAGAGAAGAUAAGAUAAGCACAUGAAACUAUGGUAACAACAGUUAGCUUAUGUUAGCACAGAUAAAAGUUAAAACAAAGGCAUAUAGCAAACUGUUAAAGCACACAAACCAUCGUCAUAUGAGAAAUCCGACGCUAUGUUGUCCUUCAGGUUGUUAUCUUUGUAAUCUUUGUGUCUUUUAUCAAAAAGCACUCUGUUCUCAGACACGUAAACAAUUGGCUGGUCGGCUAUGUUGGAUAUACCGGUGAAUCAGACGUCACAACCACACACUAUCUGAUUGGUCAGAAGUGGACACACAGUAUGCGAAACUUAGAAAAAUCGACCAUGAUCCGAAAAAAUAAAUGCCGCAUUAUCGCAGGACGGGAAAACGUCUCUGAUGUGAACGUUUGUAUUGACAGGAUACGGGUUCGAAAAAAAAGAUAGGUAUGUCCGAAAUAAUCGCACAACAAAAACGGUCCCGGUGUGUAAGGAUCUUAAGCAAUCAAAUAGAGUGUGAACAUGUGACAUGUUGCCCACCAUGGGGUAAGUUGUCUCACUACAUGGGGUAAGAUGUCACAGUGGAUUUUGCAGCUAAUAAAACAAGGACAGAAUUAUUGUUGUUCUCAUUGUUUUACUUGAAAGUGAACAUCAAAGUCAGGCACAGAAAAUGUUUAUCAUUGAGCGAGAAAAAGUCAUUGAACAAACGUUGAUUUAUUAUCUAGGGUUACCUGUCUGACUGCCCUCAGCAUCACGUCAGGUACUGCACUGCCACGUUCUGUUUUUCUUUUGUAAUUCCUGACCAUGUCUUUUUGCUUUCUCCUCUACUUUGAACAACUCUUUUCUCUGUAAAGAUAAAGUCGAAGUUUCAAUAUGACAACUACUGACAAGCAGACUCUCUCUGUCAAUUUUAAUCCCUUUUAAACAUGUGACAACCAACCCCAAAAUGACUGAGACAUGUUGCCCCAAACUACCCAUUAAAUUCAUUUAAGCUCUAGCUUAAAAAUAGCUCAAAACAAACGACUGAGGUAUGACAGGAUUCAACCACAUUCAUAAGUGAGACUUAAGAGUACACUUUUUAGAUGUUUGGAGGUGAGGGGGAAUGAUUGAAGUGAGUAAAAAUUGGACUGUGCCACACAGGACUUAUGUCCAGUUUUUUCUUUGUUUUAAGAUUAGAUAAGUUUAAAUGUCCAACCAUUCCACCUUUGGCAGUCCUAUCAAAUCAUUCAUCAACUGAGCAAAGGGUUGGCCUCACUUAUUCGGACCUGUGUUGUCUUUUGCCAUACAUGAAAACAAAACAAAAGAAACUUUCUGGCUCAUGCUUGUAAACAUGUUAGGUGGAUUUUUUUAACCUCCAGCUAAACUCUGCCAUCCAAGACAAAUGUGUAUUGUUUCUGAUACUAACAGAGUCUAUAUCAUGCAAAAGAUGAAAAGCUCAAAUAUUGACAAAGCUUGUAUUGGUGUAUUUAAGUUUUCCACAAAUUGCUGUAUUUUCACCUCAUUUGCACGAUAACUGAGAAGACAAGAUUUGAGAAUAUGAAGGAUGAUUUAGCCAUGUUUUAAGUUUAAAAAAAAAAGAAAUCAUCAGCAUCUAAGAGACAACACCCACAGCUAACUUUAAUCAGGUAUCUGUAUGUUCCUCUGACACAGUGAGAUUAAUAAGGCAUGAAAUCCCAUCCAAUCGUUUUGGCUAUCAGUGUACAGUAAGCCAAGGAUAGUUAGUUACUUCAUGGGCUAAAUUAUUAAAUUAACCAAUUUAGUUUCCGUGACUCAACCUAUGUAGGCCUACUAAAUGACCAAUUUCUCUCCAUUUUCUCAUUCUGGUUUAAAGGUCGAAAUAAACAAAGUAGACGGUAAGCCUUUCCCAGCUUGAAUCAGUUAACUGACUGCCUGGCUGUCCUGCGCUUGCGUGUGGGUGUGCGUGGAGAAAAUUCCUAGACUGCUAAAGGAAUUCCUUUGAGACACCGCAUAGGUGGCCCUCACACCUACCUGCCCGCCUACCUACCUGUGUGGUCAUUUUCACUUGGGGGAAGAAAAAAAGAGGAAGCUCAGCCGCCUGGUUUUUCCCAAAGGGAAAGGCCUGUAGCCUAUAAAAGUCGAGUGUCGAGACAUGAUGGCCAACGAAAGCAAAGAAGUUCCCUCGAUAGAAGUAAGAGAAGAAAACAAACGAAAGGAAUGGACUUGAAACAGGUGAGUAACUCGCUCAUACGGACAUACACUGAGACAGGAGCGCGCACAAGCUACUCUCUGCGCCAUCUCUGACUCCAGCUGACUGUGUCUGCCUGCACCUCCUCAGAUUCUCAUCCUCGGACUGCUCCUCGUGCCCGUGUUGACCAAUCGGUGCCGCCAAGAGCACGCGAAUGGGAAGUGGCUGAAGAAGCACCUCCAACUUCGGGAUUCGUCAGUCGCGGCAUCUCUUGCGGACCCUGGCCCUUCUUGUCCCGUGGAGCUGUACCGGAAACAUCCGCCGACCAGCAUGGCAGGGAGGUCUCUGUCUCCCUGGAGAUACGUGUAAGUAACAUCCUGUCUCCCCCUUCUUCUCCCAAAAAUACAUUUAUUUUAACGUCAAAAUCGUGAUAUUUGCGAGUUAUAACCUUGAUUCAGAGUAUUUUUUCCGGAGUUGGUUUACGGUAGCACACUUUCUCUGCUGUUGUCAUUACUGUCGAGCCCGUUUUGCGCGCAUGCGCUGACAAUAUGUCAAUAAAUAUUUACUUCAUCCAUCAACCUUGACCACGGCUUUUGUAAAGUUAAUCUGUAGAUAAAGUACAAAGUCAAUAAACAGUGUAAAAGUGUCAGGUCCUAAAUUUUUGCUGUCUACUUAUAACGGACGCAACAGUUGGCGUAAUGUAACAGCAGAAACCUUACAGACACAUUACAACAGAUAGGUCCACCUACUCAAAUGAUUUACAAAAAAACACAAGCAGCCUUAAUGUUCUCUUUUUACAAAGCAAAUGUAAUUAAAAAUAUAUGAUAUUUGAAAUUAUAUGAUAGGAUAUGCAAAUACAAACAACACAGACAACAAGAAUAGAGAGGAAAGCAGAGCUAAGACCUUAUCAUUGUUGCUCACUCAAUCACAGCACUCAAAAGGCUAUUUUUUUAUUCCAUUAUCUUUACUAGCAUGAAGCAGUUUUUAGGCUCAGUGUAGAUUUUUUUUUUAUUCGUUUUUGCUCUUUACAAGUAUUUUAAGCACAAAAAAAUCUUUCUUAUAAUAAAUAAUCCCCAAGGUCAAGCUGAUUGACAUGAUAAAAACAUGCUUCAAUCGGGUCAUCACUAACAGAACAGCUGUGAUACAGUCAAGACUGAAAUGGAAAUGCUGCCUUAAAAAUUCUUCUCCAUUUACAAAAUCUUCACAGAACAUAGGGGGUUGUUGGUCUGCCUUUGUGUUAGUGUCUCACACUGAUGUUGUGUAGAAUCGGCAUUGAAAUAUUUAAAUGGUUGGUUUAAAAAUCAGUUGUGAAAGCAGGAAAACAUUGUGUAAUGAGAGCUCAAUGACAUCUCCUCUCUGUUUUGGGUAACCUGCGCAUUUUGUUUUGUUACAGGAAUCGAACACUCACCGAUCAUUUUCCUUCAUCUUAUAUCGAGGCUGAGUGUCUCUGUCAAGGAUGCAUCAUGAUACAAAACGACACUGGUGCAGGCAAGGGGCUUGACAUUACCGAUGACUACGUCUCAAAACCCCUGAUGCAGACCAGAAUGUUUUUGAAGAAGGAGCCCUGUGGGGAUGAGGGAGGAUACCACUUUAAACCAGUUUACUUGAAGGUGGCUGUGGGCUGUGUCUGCCUAAGACCAGAAACCACACAGUCAGGGUGAGACACUAUGGGACCUAAGGUUGUGUUUGUUCUAAAACACCAGUUAAAACUCAGGGAUGUUACAGUGUAAUGAGUUGGCUGCAUCUCAAAGCACAGCUGACAUCCCUGAGAUCAUUCAUAAAGCUUUACAAGUUAAGUUCAUACCUGCCUGUUUGAUAGGCUGAUAUAUUUUGAAACCAUCACAUGAUACUGUGUAUUUAUUGUUCAGGUCUUUAUAGACCCUGUGUGCUCUGUUUCAGGACUUUGUUACAGCUCCACAAAGUGCAGCCCAUUUAAACGGGUGAUUAGCUCUUUUUUAUAGCUUUUGUAUAGUUUUAUAAACUAAUAAUUUAACUUCUAAUAAUAUUUAAAUAAUUAUCUAUUUAUUAUCUUGUUUUUGUGUGAAAUAUUUAAGCAUUUGAAGCACUGUUCGGUUAGACUGCUGAACUCACUCCUCUCUGGUAUCACUCAUAAAUCUCUCUCCCUUGCUUCCAACUUGUCCAGAACACAGCAGCUAGGCUUCUGGUUUUACACGACACCACAUCACUCCUAUUCUUACUUCCCUCUUCUGGCUCCCUGUGCGUUUUAGAAUUGAUUUGAAGAUUUCACUGAUCCCUUUCAAAGCUUGUCUAGGUCUUGCCCCAAGUUAUAUUGUAGAAACGCUGAUGCCAUGUGAGCUGUCCCGCAGUCUAAGAUCUUCAGAUGGUGUCCUGGAGGUCGUUCCAAAGUCCAGGCCCAAAUCUCAAGCUUUUUUUUUUUUUAUCAGGGCCCCUCAUCUCUGGGAUGAUUUCCAUGAGGAGAUAAGUCGUGUAGAUUCAGUGACAUCUUUUAAAUCACUUCUCAAAACUCACUUUCACAGACUUUCUUUUAUGUGAAUUUAGUUUUUAACUGCUUUUCAGUUGAAACUUGUUCGAUUAACUUUAUUUAAAAAUGUAUAUAGUAAUGCAUUUGUUUGAGCCAUUUGUAACCACAUUCAUCUUAUUUUUUUUACUUAUUUAUUUGUUUAUUUAUUGGUUAAUUUAUUUGUACCUCUUUGCCCCUCAAUUUUUUAUCUGUUUGUAUUCUGAUGUGAUGUUUUCUACAUUUUCACCAUUUCCUCUCUCUUUUUCUUAUCCUUUUGCUCAUUUUUUAUUUUUUCCCUCUUCUGGAAAUCUUUAUUGUCUACUCUGUGACUUAAGAUGUUUGACUCCUAUGCUUUUAUACUUAAGUGUGAUUCAUCUACCAGAGUACUUUGUACACUUCUGUUUUCAAAGGUGCUGUACAAUUGAAGUUAUUGUUACUAGUUGGUGAAAAAAUAAAAUUCUGUGAGUUUGAUAUCUUGUUGGUUCCAGUGGGACUGUGUACAAGACUUGAAAGUUCAGCUUUUUUGAUGCAAAAUAAAGAAAACAGACUUUAAAGGAAAUAAACACUAAAUGUCUUUCUGUAUUUUUUUUCUGACAUAAUGACUGAAAAUAUAUCCCCUAGACAAAGGUUCAAUGAUAUCAGUGAGGUUAUUGUAUUUUUACACUAAUUCAGAUCCAAGGAUCCAUGUGAUUAUGGAGUUUGAGGGUCUGUAUUUGACAUCUUAGUGGAUUACAAGACUGUGUUAAGACGCCAUGUUCAUUUUUGGCAUAACAUGGAUUUUGGUGUGACCUAGCUGAUAAGUACCCAGAACUCAAACAUUACAUUAUGGUGUAUCUUCCCACUUUUGUUCAUUAACUAGCUGCAGAAGUUCCAGGGGAAUUAAAGUCAAAUGUGCCAGAGGCAAAACGAAAGAGAAAGAUCCUCCUGUUUCACAGGUAGAUUUUCCAGCACUUGUGUUGCACUUUAACUUUUUGCACAAAUGUUUCUUUUCGCUUGGAUAUUUUUACACCAGAUUUAUACUUUUAUACAUUUUAUUUUUAUACUAAAUAUUUACCGUAGCACCAUGGGCCCUUGAGUAAUGCAGUUUCAAUCCUCUGUAUGUGUUACACAUUUUGCAGAAUUGACAAUAAGGCUACCUUGAACCUUGAUUUGUCCCUGAUAUUUCUACUUGAUAGGUACUCAAUAAAAAUCUCAAGUCUGAGAUCUUUGUGUGCUGGUUUAUGUGAUGGACUAUAGCUGCUGCAGAAGGUGGCAUCAUAUGGCAUCUUGUCAUUGAUUAAAAUUGUUUAAAAUUAGAAAUGAAUAUUCAAAAAAAAUGUACAAGUCAAACACAUUGCCUACCAGAAGCUUAAAUUGGGCUCAUUGGUGCCAACAUUAGAAGGUAUUUAAGUCACACUAAAUGCAGGAUUAAGUGGAACCUUUUGUAUUAUGUACACAUAAUAUGUAUACAAAACAAAGAAUAAGAAAAAGGGUAAAGAAAUUAACCACGCAAGACUGAGGCCUGACAGCAGUUUAAGAAGAAAAAAAAAGCAACACUGACUGGAUGACACAGGCGCGCAGUUACUUAAUGGCUUCAAAUGUUGCAUAAGCGGUUGAUCAUGACACACCUUUUUCCUGCAUAUGUACUUGAAAGGGAAUUAGAAACAUAACUUGUAUUAGUCAAGGAAUUUACACAGCAGGAAAUAGAUCAUUAAUUCAAAGUUGCUCCAGUGGUAAAUUGUAACACAUUUGGGCCCAGUUCAAUUUGUCAUCACUGUUAUUUCCUUGGAAUAUCCUACAUUUGUUGCAUAGGUGUACUGAGAAGGGCCCAGUUGAGCCACAUUUACUGUCCAAAUAAAUACCUCACUUGUCAUGUGUGUAUAGGUCAAGUUGUUUCUGUGGGUCCCAACACCAAGUU